AUGACGUUCCUAGGUCCUGCGCGCUCUGCAACAUCGUACAAACUCUUCUUCUGCACUUCGCUAUGGAUGUUUGGCACCACACACAUCAGACAUGCCGGUGCCGAGGUCGAGCCACACUUGCUCCCAGUGCAGGUCACGCAAGGUCGGAACAGUCCGCUGCGCCUAGAACGGCUCUUAUCUAGUGUUCAUGCCCGGUUGACUGGCUUGACAGCACGCCCCUUCUCUUCCUCUCAGAGUCAUUCACUCGGUCUGCCGCUCGAAAAUUCGUCAGAGAAGCCCGAGUCUGGCACAGCCAUCUCGGUCAGUCCCGGCCAGCUUUCUAUAGAACAACGCUCGGAAUCACCGUCUGUGUUUCGUGACAGCCAGGCAAGUCAUGGCAACUCAAGACCACCCCAAGUCCAAGAUGUGGUGGUUCCGCCAAUUCGCGAACAACUGCGGCUGGUCAACGACUUCUUCCAGCAUGUGUAUCCCAUGCCUGUGUACGCAUUCCUCAACGAAUCGUCGAUAACGCAGCGCUGCAUUGAUGGCACGCUGGACGAGACCUUGCUUCUGGCACUGCUAUCGUGUUCAGCCCUUCAUUUGAGGUACACGAAAUACUUUCCGGUCCUCACGAAUAUCUGGGUCCAACGGCUAGAAAUGAGGAUCUGGUCGCAGAUCGAACAGCCGUCGAUCUUUCUGACCCAAGCUCUCAUGCUUGUGAUUCUGUAUCGGAUGGAGAUCGGUAACUUUCAGAAAGCUUUCAUGCUAUGUGCUCUGGCAACACGUGCUGCCAGUGCUCUUCGUCUGCACUAUGAGCGAACGGACCUCAGUCCACUAGCCCAGGAAAUUCGCCGCCGUGUCCUAUGGUGUUUGAUGAUGGUGGAUGCGCAGUUUUCAGUAGGCUUGCCGGAGUGUGAGCUCUGCCCUUACGAGGUCAUCUAUCUCGAGUUUCCCUGUAAGGAGGAAGACUUCGUGCCCGAAUCAGAAGCGCGGUCUCAGUCACUCGACGGCAUCCCUGAGGGUGGAUUCCUUCGGCAGACUGUGCAGCAGGUCGUCGUCAGGAGAGACAUCAUGAGACUAAGACGCCAGGUGUCUCUAUCCAGGCAAGCCAUACCCCAACUCACCUCGAUUGUGGACGACUUUCAGCGCAAUCUGCAAGCAAUGAGCCCCGGAACAUGUACACUCGAAGAUGUCAAUACCUACUCGCGGUCUCGGUGGCUUGCGCGAUUCAUUGGGACACACUUGUCCUGGCACCAGUGUCACUGCGACGUAUCUCGAAUGUUUCUUUCUGGUUACAAAGAGGCGGCUCCUAUGCCGGUCAUCGAAAGCCUGCCUGCGGAAUACGUGGCCGCUGCAGCGACACAAUGCCUCGUUCACUCACAGGCUAUCCUGCAGAUACUGAAUGAUCUGUCGAAAUUGAGCCCAGGCCUUCUGGUUCCUCAUAUGGAUGUGGCGGUUUGUGGUUACCACGCGUCUCGUUUGGUACUCUUCUUGAGCCGGUCUCCCCUCAACCCAGACCAUUCGGGCUUGACUCCAGAGAUUGCAUUGGCCAAGGCGUCUGCUGUGUCUGUGUUUCUUAAUCGUAUCUUUGCAAACUCUCAGAUUGCGAAGCACCUUCUGGCUGAUCUAGAAAGAAUCGUCGGUCUCUACCUAACCGGGGAACGGGAACAAAGUCAAGAUCCUUCUGAUACCGAAGAGGAGACGCCGCACCAGCGCCCUCGCUUUGCCCGCGCUGCAAGACAGCAUCAGAGGCUAGGCAUUCACAGCAUGCUUCGACAAGCUCGGUUCGUCGACGACAGCGACCGCGCUGCAGAGCUUCCCGAGACUGAGCAAGCUGGCGCUCGCCAUUUGAAAGAUCUCGCGAACGCUGGACUACACACCCACUCCUUGGGCAGUCGCCACCCGAGCGGCGUCACGCAGCCCAUGCAAACGCUGCCUUGCACCGAUCAGCCCGCGACUCGUGUGUCACUGGUCACAGCAGAUCUGACUCUGAAUCUAGCGGAUGAUCUUGCAAGUGGAUUUGACUUUGGUGGUGAGAGCUUCGGUUUGGGUACACCUGAUGGAUGGCAUGACAUCUGGAGUGGCCACGAGCAUUCAAACUCGGCAGACAGAGACUACUUUUGA